UUUUGUUUGAUUUUGAGUUUGACAGAGUUUGAUUUGAGUAAGAAAGCCGUAAAAACCCGUCGAUUUUGAAAAUUUUUAAAAUAUAUUUUGAUAAUAGUGAGGUACCCUAACCGAAAUUUCAUUACGAUAAGACGCACGCCGUUUUUAUCAAUUUACUGCUGCUAAGAGUUUUCAAUAAUUCGGAACAAUGACACACGAUGUCACGAGUCAAUUUUAUACUAGUUUAAAUCUACCAGUGCAAGAUAAAUUGGCAGAAUUAACAAGAAUUAUAGAUUAUUCGGGACCCAUCAAAGAAUUACAGGCACUUUUUCCGCAAUUAGUUAAUAACAUAUUUGCCAAUUCUUUUACAAAUGGCUGGGGAUUAAGAAUGAUUACUUUAGAUGCUAAUAAAUAUGAAUUUGAGGCACUUACUUCUUUCCUAGAACCUCAAGGACCAAUGUUUCGAUUAUGUUACAAACUCUUGUCAGAUCCGCAGUUAAAGUACAAUUUACCAAUAAAUAUGUUACCGUUGAACUUACAAAUGAACCUAGAGCGGGGAAGAAGUUCACAAUUUUAUGCAGACAUGGUUACUAUGGAUGCACAGUCAUUAAAUGUAGUAGCUUUAUCACUCAAUCCAUUUGAUUAUUACAUUUUUUGCUUUGCUCUCUUCUUGAUAAACAACAGUCAAAACAAGAGCUCUUGGGAAAACUGGAACAGUGUGUACUUUGCCCUGGCCUGCGAUUACCUGAUGCACUUUCUGCCAACUGAUCCAAAUGAGCCGGUGCUGCCUCACAUACCAAAUUAUACGGGGAAGGUCCCGAUGGUAGCACCCUUGCAAACAGCAAACAGACCGCUCAGCUCGCCUUCCCUUCUAUUAAUACAGGAUUUGUCGAGCAUGACCAAUAAUCACAGCCAACAUGUUUCUCAGUCUCAAUCAAGGAAUGAAGUUUGGCGUUCAGAAACAGUUUUACAAGUUUUUAUAGAUAUUUGGAUGAGUGUGGAGGAAUUCAACUCUAGGGGUGAUAUGUUCCAAAGAAGCUACCCUACAAUCUCAAGUCCUGAAAGGGUCAGGAUAGUGCGAGUUCUUAUAAAACACAUACAUUCGUUCUCAGCGAAACACUUGUCGGACCCGGCGUCGCGGUCGUCCGCACUGCGCAAGUACGCGCGGCAGAUUAUGUGCGCGCGCGCAUACCAUUACGUCAAACACUUGGUCACCAUUUGGCCAUUGGACGCUUCCUUCAGACUUGUUAUGGAGCUAUGGUUGAGUCUCAUUCAGCCUUGGAGAUACACGGACAAUAUGACAAACCGAGAUAGAUUCCGUACUGCAAAUAACAAUCAAGAAGAGGGAAACACUAGCACAUUAGAUGCCAGCUACACUCAGUUUAUUGCAGAAAACUUCCCUUCAUACACUUGUAUCUUCCAGUUGGUACUGCCUAGAUUCUUACGAUUAGAUCUUACUGCAUACAAAAAUACCGUCAUGUUAUUUAGAUUAGGGAAGGUAUUCUCACAACCACAUCUGGUGCCCAUACUGUGGAAUUUGGAACAUGCUAUGACAGAUUUAAAUUCUAGUCUACUACAUAGUCCAGACUCUAGCUUUAAUAAUUCAAUGCACGAUCAAAGUUAUACAUACAAUGGAAUACCUCUUCACAAAUGGGUGGCUAUUGCCAAACAGGCUGUGUCAGAAUUAAAUUUAUCCACGAAUUUUGAAUACGAUCCUAUCUGGGGCGAAAAUAAGAAACCAUUUGCAAUGGACUUUAUUAAAAAGAUCCUUGCAGCUAAAAUUAUCUCUGAACGUAAUUUGGAAGAUAUAAGUAGGAAAAUGAACCAAAAACACCAAGGCCUUUGGGCGUCUAUAAAGCACUGGCUUAUGAUAGACAACCAGUUUGAGGAAGAUUUAUUAUUAGAGGAGACAAGGAAAGUUCCAGCAUAUCUUAAUGCAUCAGUCCAUCAUUUUGCUACUAUAUUUUUAAUCAACGAAAGCAGUCUACUGCCCCCGGAGCCAAUCGUCGAAGACAGUUCCUUGGAGCAUUCUUCAUUCGCCAAUUCGUCCAGCUUUCCAAAUUUUAUAACAAAUAAGCUCCGGAGCAAACCCACCGACGUGAAGUACAUGGGAGAUCCAGAUCUCAUGCCAAUAACUUCAUAUGAAAGCACAAUUUUGGUUCGCAUGCUGUAUCAAAUAGCAUCUAGGAUUAAUGAAAUAUAUCAAGAAGAAUUCGUAUCCCUAUGGCAUAAAGACAACUUCUGGGGUCACGUUGCCCGCGAAGUGUUACACCGGCCGUGCACCAUACAGACGUACGUGAGAGACUUCACGAAUCACCAACAAAUCGUCACCCAAGAGCUUCCCCCGCGGCUGGUCCUUCGUCGACUCGGAUCCCACGCCUUCGUAGUCUGGGUCGGUAUCGGCUACCUAUUAUUUAGGUUCUUGUCUUUCAGUGGCUUCUCUUACACUUUAAUAUUGUUAGUGUUGUGGAUGAUGUUUGUAUUUUCAAAAGCAUCUUUAAGAAUGUUAAAGAUCUUGAAAUAGUGGAAUGUUUUGUAUUUGAAUAUAUUAUUUUUGAUAUU